UAGAGGCACUCACAGUUAAAGUGUGCUCAGCCAAGCAUUGAAACUGAAACUAAUUGUUACGACUAGACGUGUCCGAACAAGUUCGAAUCUAAUAUUUUUUUGGAACUUGUACUUCGGUUAGUAGAAAGAGCUAUUUGAGAAAGUCUGCAAGCUAAGUAAAAUAUAGUGAAGAAGAUCAUAGGUUAAAUAAGAUUCUGCUAAAAAAUUAUAUUAGACUUGUGUUUAUCCACGUAAUUUUGCCUUAAAGUAAAACUUCUCUAAUACUCGUCCAAAUAUGGCAAAACUUAGUGCAAAAAUCGGCCCUUCAAUUUUGAACGCCGACUUAGCACAGCUUUAUACGGAAUCGCAAAAAUUAUUGGAUAAUGGUGCAGAUUAUUUGCACUUGGACGUAAUGGAUGGUCACUUUGUACCUAAUCUUACGUUUGGUCAUCCCAUUGUAAAAUGUCUUCGUGGUAAAAUAAAAGAUGCUUUUUUCGAAACGCAUAUGAUGGUAUCUGAUCCAGGACAGUGGAUUGCACCUAUGGCUGAUGCAGGAGUAAAUCAAUAUACAUUUCAUGUUGAGCCAGUAAAAGAUGUUCCUCUGGUCUGUAGAAAAGUGAAAGAAGCAGGAAUGAAGGUUGGUGUGGCAUUCAAACCAGGAACACCUGUGGAUGUUGUUUGUGAUUAUGUAAAUUUUGUUGAUAUGAUCUUAGUGAUGACUGUGGAACCUGGUUUUGGUGGUCAGAAGUUUAUGGAGCCAAUGUUACAAAAAGUAGCAUGGUUGAGGGAAAAUUACCCUUUAUUGGACAUUGAAGUUGAUGGUGGAGUUGGACCUGCUACAAUUGCUUCUUGUGCAAAGGCUGGUGCUAAUAUGAUAGUGUCUGGUACAGCUAUUAUAGGUUCUACUGAUCAAGCCAAAGUGAUUACAUCUCUGCGAGAUACUGUAAAUACUUACAUUAAUUAAUUAUAUUAAUUAUUGGAAAUAUGACACUCAGGGUAAUGAUGACAAUUAAGAACUAUGCGAGUGCAAGUAUUAAAAAAAAAUAAUUAACUUAAAAAAAUGUAUAUUUAGAAAGAUUCAUGUAUUUUUUAAACAAUAUGGUAAUAUUUAACAUGAUUUUAGAAACAAGAUACAUUAAACCUGUUCUUUUAA